AUGCCGGCUCCGCAUCAACCUGGAUUGAUCGAUCCAGCUUCCACAGAACACCUGUUCAAUUUGGCUGGUCGGGUACUGACGGACCAUAUUAUUGACAGUGGACAGUCACUGGAAGAACGUGCCAGUCUUUUGCGCUUGGUGGCUCCUUUGCUAGAAGAGCUAAAUCUAGAACAUCAUCAAGUAAUUGCACAGCUACGCCAGGAGAAACCGCAACUAGACUUCCCAGAACUGUAUACUGAAAUGUUCCAGUUAAGUGAAACUGACGAACGUGAACAGAGAGAACAUGCGGCCAUGAUGCAAUCGACCGAGUCACGAAGCUAA